UCCACCAUGAAUUGGCUCAAAUCCACUCUGUCCGCCGUUGCGGGCACGCAGGAACCGAUAUAUGGCCCUGAAGCCAUCCAGCCGGUCUCCCAGCAACAGACUGAGGAUGCCCCGUACACCGAGCUCACCAAGCACGACUUGCGGUGGCGUGCCUAUCAGUACACCAAUGUAGAGACUCAGACGUACUAUGCUAUGGCUGAUAAUGGCACGUUGGUGAUGGUCCAGAUCAUCUACAGCAACAUCGCGGGCAUCCAUACUACCGCCCAGUUCAACUGCAAGAUCUUCAACACUUCCGGCGACGGUACCCCACACAUCUGGUUCUCGGACCCUCUGUACAACCACAUGUUUGAUGAAAGCAUGUCCUCCUUUGCUGCUGAUAACAUUUCACUGUCUCUAAAUGAGGAGGGCAAUGCCUACACCCUUAAGUCCGCCGUGAACGAAGGGUGUCUUGUGGACUUGACGUUCAACCGCGCUGCGCCUGGCUUUGCUAUUGGCAAAGAUGGUACUACAUACUUUGGUACCGACCCCCAAAAUCCCUGGGGUUCGAUGCGCCAUAUGUUCUGGCCUCGGUGUAAUGUCACGGGAACCAUCACCACAAAGGAGAAGGUGCACGACAUGACAGGCCGAGGAAUGUUCUCUCAGGCUCUUCAGGGCAUGAAGCCCCACCAUGCAGCUUCUCGCUGGAACUUCAUCAACUUUCAAACUCCGUCAUUUUCCGCUAUCAUGAUGGAGUUCACAACACCACCAUCGUACGGGUCUACCGUGGUUAACGUUGGCGGUAUCGCCAAGGACGGCGAGAUCAUUUAUGCCGGAACUACCAACAGUGCAACCCACACAGAGGCGUCCCAAGAUGAGACGAGCGACUGGCCGGAGCCAAAGUCCAUCAAAUGGGUCUGGGAAGGCAAGACGAAAGACGGCAAAACCGUUACAGCGGAGGUUGAUGGCCCCCUCGGGCCUAAGCUAGACCGUAUCGACGUCAUGGCUGAAGUGCCGGGCUUUAUCAAGACCAUUGCCGGUAGUGUCGCAGGGGCACGACCUUACAUCUUCCAGUACUCCCCUCAACAGAAGCUCUCCCUCAAACUCAAGGUCGGCGACGAGGAGUUCACGGAGGAGGGCAGCAUGUUCUCCGAGGCCACUUUCAUUUCCUAAGUGCUUUACGUACAUAUAAUGUUUCCUUUGUAACGGCGUUGAGUGCUUGCUCAAUAUACGUGCCACGAAAUUACAUUACAUCCAUAAAGCAGCCGAGUCUACGGAGUAAUACAGAAUAGUGUAUAGUUUAAUGCCAUUCCCGCUUCUCGA